AGAAAAUUAAGGCAAAAAAGAAAAAAAUAUACUGAACUCAACAAAAAAAUGGCUGAAUUAAAUUAAAUUCCUGAAAUUACAGAAAUAAGUAUUAAUGAUAUCUUUGACAUUUACUCAACAGGCGAUACUGUCAUAACUAAGAGCUUAGGUUAUGGAUCUUUAGGACCUGUUUUUUAAGCUUCCUAGAAAUGUGAUGAUGUAUGCUAAAAUAUAGUGAUUAAAUCAUUUUCCUGCACUCAAACUCUAUAUGAUCAAAUAGCUAAUCAAGUUAACCAAACAAAAGUAUUUUAAAACUCCCAAAAUGUUUUAAAAUUCUAAAUUAAGAAAGUAGCCGAAAAUGGUGAUCAUGUGGCUACAGCUUUUGAGAUGGAACUUUGCUAGAAAUCUCUUUAAUAGUAUAUUGCUGAAAUUAAGGAAGGAAAAGCUAAUCCUACCAAAUCUGAAGUUCUUGUCUACUUUAUCUAGGCACUAAAUGGUCUUCUUGAAUUACAAGAAAAUGGCUAUUAACACCACAAUCUAAAAUCUAGUAAUAUUUUAAUCAGUGAAGACGAUACCAUCAAAAUUUCUGAUAGCAGCUUCACCCUUGAACUAUCUUAAAAAAUUUAUAACAAGCCUUAACAAUACAAUAGAUUCCUUUCAAUUAACUAUCUGUCUCCUGAAUAUACAAGCCUGAUAGAUGGUAAGGGCUAAGUUGAAAUUAGUAACUCCUCUGAUGUUUUCAGUUUAGGUGUAAUUUUCCUAGAGCUGAUAGGUUAAGAAAUUAAUAUCGUUUCUGCAAUUAAAUUAAAAUCAGGUAUAUUUGAAGGAGUUUAGGUAAAGGAAGGCUUUUAAGAUUUAGCUAGCUUUAUAUGCGAAAAUAUGCUUUGCUAUCUUCCUUAAGAUAGAAAGACUAUUACAUGGCUUAUUGAGGCUUUCAGUGAGUAGUUUUUCAAUGAAGUGACUAAGUUCAGUAUAUUAGAUGAUAAAACUUUAAACACAGAUUAAGCUCUUGAAAAAGAAAAGGAAGAGGAUCAAAUGUAAAAUACUGAAGAGGUAGAAAAACAAAAUGUAUUAGUUUAAUGCGAUAAUGAAGCUAAAAAUGAGAGUUUAAAUGAAUCAUAAAAUAUCAGCAGUCCACUAAAGAACUCUUUUAAUGAAAAUGAAUAUGAAAUUUUAGAGAAUGAUUAAGAGGCUGAAAUAGUUAACAACCAUUAAGCUAGUGCUAAAAAGUAAGAUCAAAAUGAGCACGAGUCUUAAGAAUCAACUUUAGAUUAAGAAGCAAUUCAAGCUUAAAAUUAAAAUUAAGAAAAUGAAGUUUAAAACUAAAUAGAGGAAGAAAAUACAGUCUCUUCCCAAUAAGGUGUGGAAUCAACUAAUUAAGUUAAUGAAACAAAUAAUAGCAAUAACGUUUAAGAAAUUUAAAAUUAAGAAGCUGAAUAAAUUCCUUUAAUUAAUUUAGACGAUUCAGCUAUUAAAAAAUAAAUUUCUCGUAUUCAACGUUUAAGAAUUGAUUUAAACUCUAAAAACUUAGGGAAUCAAUAAAAUGUGACAUUGUUUUAGAAACUUGAAGCUUUCACUUCACUGACUCACUUAACCUUGGAUUUAUCUAAUAACCAAAUAGAAGACGAUAAAAUAAAUGAAUUAAGCUAAUUCUUAUCAAAAUGUAAUAAUUUGAUUGAUCUCACAUUAAAAUUAGAAAAUAAUAAAUUAACACCACUCAGCUUAACAGUCUUAAACAAUGCUUUAAGUAGAUUAAAUAAUAUGACUAGAUUUUAGCUUUCUAUAGGAAGUCAACUUUUAUCAGAGUCAAUAGAAAAAACAUGGGAAAUAGAAACAAUCAGCCUUAUAAAUAUUAUGAAAUCAUGGAAUAGCUUAGCUUAACUUAACAUCUCAUUAGGUCAACUAAAAGUAAGCAAUAUGCUAAUCAGCACUUUAGUCUCAUACUUAACUGAUUUCCCUUCUUUGAAAGAGUUAGUAUUAUAAUUUGGAUUUUAGUCAGAUGUCACAGAAGAAGUUUGGAAUAAAUUUGUCUAAUUUGUUUAAGAUUAAGAAAAUUUAAGCAAAUCCACAUUACCUAUCUAUGAAAAUAAAUAAGAGAAUGUUGAAGAAGAUGUUGAAAAUUCUGUAAAUUAAGGAGAUACUGCUCGACUAAUUAGCUAAGAGAUUUAAGUUGAAUAGAAUUGUCUUGCUACAGAACCAGAAAUGGAAUCUAAUUUAUAGAUUGAAUAAUUAAAUGCAUAACAAGAAACAAAAACUGAAGAAGAACAAGUUGAGCAAUAAAUUGUUGAUACUGAAGCAUAGUGUGCUGAAUAAUAUUUAAAAUAAGAAUAAUUAGAUGAUGAACAAGAAGAAACUGUUACUUAAUAAACUUAAUCAUAAGCAGAAUAAAGUAACUAAGUUGAUUUACAAUAAACUUAAGAGGUCUCAACUGAAGAAGAAGAAUUGAGUAAUUUGAAUACAGAAGAAAAGCAAAAUAAAGAAGAACUAACAUAAGAAUCUUAAUAAGAAUAAUUAAAAUAAGUAGAAGAAGAAUAAAUUAAAGAAGAGGAAGUUUAAGAAACUACUGUUAGUUAAUAAAAUGAGAUACAUGAUAAUUAAGAUGAAUAAAACUAAAAAUAAGAGUAAUUAAAUGAAGAAAUUGAGAUAUAAAAUGAAAUAAAUGAAAGUAAAGAGUUAUAAAAUAGUGAUUAAAAAGACACCACAGAACAAAACAAUUUAGUUGAAGAAGAGGUACAAGAAAAAUCAGAUAAUGCAGUAUCUGAGUGA